AUGGCUGCCCCUACAUCUCCUAGAAAUCCCCAAAGGAUGGGUUUCAUGCCCAUCAAUGGCGGUCGUGGCUCCGACGAAGAAGCAGACAUUCCGCUUUCAACCAUCCGAACUGCCAGUUCUACUGGUGCCCGCAAACCUAACCAGGCGAUUGAGACGAACAUGAUGGCCAGUGAGAAACCCCCCCGCCUCGGCCCCGGUCGUCGAAGGCUGAAGAAUGGCCUUGCGGACCAAGGCCGCCGAGGCACUGGUGGCAGCGACGACGUCGCCCUCAAUGCCAUGGGCCGCCUCUACUACAAGAUUAUAGGAUUCUCAGUCGUCACGCGUUACCUCGUUUACAUUGUCCCUGUCGCUCUCCUUCUGCUCAUCCCAAUCAUCGUCCUGAUCGCCACGGGCAAUAUCGCCGAGGACAAGAUCCGUGUCGGUGGUGACCAAGGCCCACCUCUUUACCGACUAUUCGUAUGGAUCAUGGCGUCGUGGCUAGGCUUGUGGGCUGGCAAGAUUGUCGCUCACCUGCUGCCUCCCAUCUUCAUGUUCUUCUGCGGUGUCGUCAGUUCCGGCACCAGGAAGUAUGCCACCGUCAUCCGCGCUCUCGAGAUCCCACUUUCACUCUUUUUCUGGGCCCUGGUCUCUUGGUUGCUUUUCCGCUUCCUCUUUCAAGAUGGAAUACCGCUCGACAACGUCCAAUGGAUUAUUGUCAUGAAGAAGAUCCUCGGCGCCCUGUUUGUCUCAUCGGCCGUUUUCCUGGGCGAAAAGACGAUUGUCCAGCUGAUCAGCAUCACCUACCACCAACGGUCAUUCGCUAAUCGCAUCAAGGAUUCUAAGCGCGAGGUCUACUUGCUCGGCCUUCUCUACGAUGCUUCGCGUACUCUGUUCCCCAUGUACUGUCCCGAGUUCAUUGAGGAGGACAGCAUCAUCAACGAUAGUCUCGAUGUUAUGCUCAAAAAGGUCAAGGGAACAGGAUCGGCAACACCGAUGCGUCUUAUUGGCAACGUCGGUGCCAACGUCGGUCGCCUGGGUGACAAGAUCACCUCGGUUUUCGGAAACGUUGCGUCUGAAAUUACCGGCAAGCAGGUUUUCAACCCCAACUCGUCCCACUCCAUCUGUGUCGAGGCUCUUGAGAAGGUCAAGACAUCUGAAGCACUGGCCAGGCGUAUCUGGAUGUCUUUUGUCGUUGAGGGCAGUGACAGUCUCUCGCAGGAGGACAUCGAAGAGGUUCUUGGCCCCGAGCACAAGGAGGAAGCCGAAGAGUGUUUUGCCGCCAUUGACGCGGACCAAAAUGGUGACAUCAGCUUGGACGAGAUGGUGCGCAAGGUUGUCGAGAUUGGUAUCGAGCGCAAGGCCAUUUCCAACAGCAUGAAGGACAUCAGCCAGGCUCUUGCCGUCUUUGACGAGAUCUUGCUCUUCAUCGUUGCUCUUAUCGUCGUCUUCAUUUUCCUCGCCUUCUUCCAGAGUACAUUCAUCACCACUCUGGCCACUGCCGGUACUGCCCUGCUCUCGCUUUCUUUCGUUUUCGCCGUCACCACUCAGGAAUUCUUGGGUUCUUGCAUCUUUCUGUUUGUAAAGCACCCAUUCGACGUCGGUGACCGCGUCGACAUCACCGGACCGGAGAAGGAGCAGCUCAUUGUGGAGCGUAUCUCUCUGCUCUACACCGUCUUUACCCGCAUUGACAAGAUGCAGGUCGUCCAGGUUCCCAACAUUGUACUUAACAAUCUUUGGAUUGAGAACGUUACUCGCAGCAAGGCCAUGAAGGAGACGAUCGAUGUUAACGUCUCGUACGACACUAGCUUCGAGGACAUUGAGCUUUUGCGUAUGGAGAUGGAGAAGUUCGUUCGCCAUCCCGACAAUGCGAGGGAUUUUAUGCCCGACUUCACCAUUUCCGUUGGCGGCGUGGGCGAUUUGGACAAGAUGACGCUCAAGAUUACUAUCAAGCACAAGUCGAACUGGCACAACGAAGCUGUGCGUGCUACUCGCCGCUCCAAGUUCAUGUGCGCCCUGGCCCUGGCACUCAAGCGUAUCCCGAUCCACGGCCCUGGCGGUGGCGGCGAGCCUCUUGGUGGACCCACCAACCCUACGUACUCUGUAGCCGUUUCCGAUGGAUUUGCAAGCGAAGCCCGUGACAAGGCCGAUAAGGAGAAAGACAGUGCCAGGAUGGUGCCUACCAAGACCUUCAGCCGCAACGGAUCUUCUGCUAGCCAGAAGUCAAGGAGGGAGAAGGAGUCUGCCAACGAGUUGAACUCGCCGGUGGAUGUUGCUAGACAGGCGGCUGCAGGCUACGGCAACAGAGACGGCGACAUGCUUGAUGACAUGACUCCCGUCGAGCGUCAGCGCACAGAUGACAUUGCAAAUCUGCGCAAGGAGAUGAUCACAAAGAACCAGAGUCUGCGCGGUCGCCGCCAGGCAGGACAGACGUUGCCACCACAGUCUCUGGGUGAGACAGGACCUCGCUUGACGUUGACACGCGAGGAGAGCAACUCGAACAGCAACCCGAGCCGCAGCCCUAGGUUCGAUGUCGAAUCGCAGACUGGCGGACUUUCCCCAGGAAUGGGAAGCACCGGAUUUGGAACGCCAGCGGCGGGCGGUGGCAACUCUACGUUCGCUGGAAACCCUUACUAUUCAAGCAACGCAACCACUUUAGGUGGGGGUCAGGCGCAGCAAGGUUACAGCGUCUUCCCUCGGCCGACGGGCAGCUCUUCUCCGCCCUCGAGCAGCACCAACUUUGGGGGCCUCCAGGCACCAUCCUCGGGAGCUCACCCGCUGCAGAGCGCGCCAACCACGGGAUCACGAGCUAGGGGCCAAAGCGUCUCGUCGACGCGCGACUUGACCGCACAACGGCCUCCUCAGCAACAGGGCGGCGGUCCGGGCGGUCGGGUUUAG